AUGACUCCUAACAACAUUAAACACUUUAAUAAACCUUACAUCCUCAGCAUCGAAGAACAUAAGAAAGCAGAAAACACAAGUCUUCAUCACCUAGUUUUUGGCAUUGCUGGAUCUUCUCAUACAUGGAGCGAGAGGCAAAAGUGUAUUCAGUUAUGGUGGAGACCUGAUGAGAUGAGGGGUGCAGUUUGGUUAGAUCAGAUAGUGAAAAGUGGUACAAACGAUCAUCUUUUGCCCCCGAUAAAACUCUCCAGUAACACAUCACCUUUCAAGUAUGAAAAUCCUAUUGGCGACAGGUCUGCGUUACGGUUGACAAGGGUAGUGUCAGAGACCUUGAAGCUAAGCAUGAAGGAUGUGAGGUGGUUUGUGAUGGGAGACGAUGAUACACUAUUUUUUCCUGAUAAUUUGGUUAAGGUCUUAUCGAAGUACGACCAUAAUCAGUAUUAUUAUAUAGGGAGCACAUCAGAGAGUCACAAGCAGAAUAUAGUCUACAAUUAUGGUAUGGCUUAUGGUGGUGGUGGAUUUGCUAUGAGUUAUCCUCUAGCAAAGGCUUUAGCAAAGAUGCAAGAUAGAUGUAUUGAGAGAUAUCCAGGUUUAUAUGGAUCUGAUGACAGGAUUCAUGCUUGUAUGUCUGAGCUUGGUGUCCCUCUCACCAAGGAACGAGGGUUUCAUCAGAACGAUUUCUACGGCAACAUAUUUGGCAUCCUUGCAGCUCAUCCUAUCACCCCUUUAGUCUCCCUCCACCACUACAAUGUGACUAAUGCAAUAUUUCCGCGCAUGGAUAAGUUAGAAGCCCUGGAAAAGCUUAGAGUUCCGGCCAAACUAGACUCUGCUGCACUCAUGCAACAAUCCAUUUGCUACGACGCAGCACGAAAUUGGACUAUAUCGGUAUCUUGGGGCUAUGCAGUUCAAAUAAUUCGGGGCAUACUUCAUCCACGAGAAAUAGAAAUGAUAGCGAGGACAUUUUACAGUUGGUAUCAGACAGUUGAACGUGAAGGUUUCAUAUUCAACAACCGCCCCUAUUACGAGCACGUAUGUCAGAAGCCAUUUGUGCAUUUCUUUUCUAAUGCAACGUACAACAGCAGCACAGAUCAGACACUCAGUGAAUACAUCAGGCAUGAUCAUCGGUACCCACGUUGUGAUUGGAAAAUGGCCGAUCCUUUGCCAAUAGCUCGAGUGGAGGUUCUAAAGAGACCUGACCCUUAUGUAUGGGAUAGGGCUCCUAGAAGAAACUGUUGCAGGAUCUUACCCACGGAGAAAAAUGACACUUUGGUAGUCGAUGUCGGAGAAUGCAGAGAAGAUGAAUCCAUUGAAGUGCGGUGA